AUGCCGCUAAUCAACGACGACGGCGGCGGCGGCGGCGACGACGAUGACGACAUGAUGGAGCUCAUUCCGGAUUUGGCGAUCUACACCAUCCUGACCCGCCUGCCGCCAUCGUCGGCCACGAGGUCCAAGCUCGUCUGCAAGAGCUGGUCCUCCAUGGUCUCCAGCCGCUCCGGCCAGGGCAGCGCCGAGCUCCUCAACCCGGCCACCGGCGGCUGCCUCCAGCUGGGCGGCGACCGCGCCCAAGACCGCGACACGAGGACGGCCGCCGAGCAGCUCCCCUGGUACUGCCUCGGCCGCUGCGGCGGCGAGCAGCAGUGCUACAAGGUGGUCCGCCUCGACGUCCGGCUGCCGUACAACGGGCGCCCGCACGUGACGUGCGAGGUGUGCGCCCUUGACCGGGACGCCCUCAGGCGGCGCCAAUGGCGGUGGCAGGAGGUCGCCGUCUUGGACGUGGCCUGCUGCCCCACCGGCCGUGGCGUGCACAUCGGCGGCGUCGUCUACUACCUCGUCGAUUUAGUCUACAGCUCCGUCGUCUCCUUCGACCUCUCGACCCACGUGUUCGGCCACAUGGACCACCCGGGGACGGCCGACGGCAUGGUGGCGUCGCUCUCCGAGCUCGACGGCCGGCUCUGCGCGUCGAUGGUGCCCGCCGGUGUCCUGGACUCCUGCGGAGACGGCGGGGCGAGGAACAUGGACGUGUGGGUGCUCACCGGUGAUGACGAGAACGGCGGAAAGAGGUGGACCCACAAGUACACGUUUGAGCUGGACGGCACCGCGCGGCACGUCCCGCGGCCGCUGUUCGUCACCGGCGACGGGAUGCUUGUCAUGAAGUGCGCCGACGGCUCGCUCUGCCACUACGACGUUUGGGCUAAAAGCGGCUCCGGCAGCUCCAUGGACGACGGUGAGGUCUUGGUGUUCCAGCACAAGAGCAGCGGGCGGCGGAUGACCGGAACCACCGCCGACGUCUUCGUAGAGAGCUUGCUCCCCCUGCGCACCAUCCUCAAAGGCAAUUAGAAGUUUGCAAUGUGGCCUUGUGAUGACAGUUUAAUAGCUCUACCUAAUUGACUCCCCAGUUUUUUUUUUGACGGGGAAAUUGACCCCCAGUUAAAAUCGAACGUUUCGUCCUAAUUUUAGCAAUUUUGUUCUUCAUCUGUCAUUUAAUUUCGUUGCUUAAUUAUUUUGUUUGAUAGCUUAUAACCGCAAAGACAGAUCUUAGAAAAAUGAACAAUUAUUCUGUCAUUAUUUUCGUCAUCAUUUAUGUAACUGAUAUUGUCCAUUACAUGAUAUAAUUGGUAUAGAGGUGAUUUCAUGAUCUUUUUUUGCUGGUGCUAGCCAAAACUAACCUUCAGAUGGAAAUGCAGACUUGAGAUGGAUUUGUUUUCCAGAUUUUUGGGAAAUCUGAAAUUAUUGAAUAAUUAUAAUCUAGGAAACUGAGAAUUACUACGAUAUUGUCCAUCGUUGUGGGAUGAAUUACGAGCCUGAAAUUUCAGGGAAAAAUUAUAAUCUAUGAAAGUGAGCAUUGUGAUCUGGUAGAACAACAGCACUGCUGCAUAAUGCUCCGAGAAGACACUCCAGGAACUAGCAUAUUCUAUAUGCAGAUUGCAUGAUGCUUUCUGGAGUAUGUCGGCGUAAGUCAAUAUGCCAAGUCAAUUGAAAAGAAAACAUAUAACAUCACAAGUAACAUACGCAGGCGACAAAAGAGACAUCGGCAGGUAAUUCCAUCGACAAACAGGGAAUCGUAGUAUGGAGUAGAAUACAAAGAAUACAUACAGGCAGGGAUUGCAUCAUCCAUCAUGAGAGGUAUUGGCUUUGUCAGAUUCCUGGGCACUGCCUAUGA